CUGCCUUGCGGCGUGCGCGCGCAUUGUAAAAAACGCAUUUGAGUGGAGGUGCGGAAAGACGCUGUGGCGGGCUCGAGAAGUGACUUGUGGGAUGCCAAAGACAGAAACAGAUUCAAGAGCCACGAUUAUUAAAACCGCGUUCCGCUUUACCUAAACCCCCCCCGACGCCCAGGUUCCAGCUGCCGGAUAAGCGGCUAAAGUUCCGUUCCCACGAAGCAGCAACGCGUGGGAGUGGGAGUGGGGAGGAAGGCUCGUGUUUGACUGAGGCGAGCCCCCAGUCUGUCUCGUCAUGGCAGGAGCUGGAGGUGACAUGCAGUGGUGUUUUUCUCAGGUGAAAGGAGCCAUUGAUGAUGAUGUGGCUGAAGCUGAUAUCAUCUCCACAGUUGAGUUCAACCACACAGGUGAGCUGCUGGCCACGGGUGACAAAGGUGGGCGUGUGGUCAUUUUCCAACAGGAAAUAGAGAAUAAAAGUCUCCCUCAGUUUCGGAGCGAGUACAACGUCUAUAGCACUUUCCAGAGUCACGAGCCUGAAUUUGACUACUUAAAGAGUUUGGAGAUUGAAGAAAAGAUCAACAAGAUUCGCUGGCUUCCUCAGAAGAAUGCUGCUCAGUUCCUGUUGUCAACCAAUGAUAAAACCAUUAAGUUGUGGAAAAUCAGUGAACGAGACAGGAGACCAGAGGGUUAUAAUCUCAAAGAGGAAGAUGGACGCUACAAGGAUCCCAACAAUAUCACCUCACUACGGGUGCCAGUUUUGAUACCCAUGGACCUCAUGGUGGAAGCCAGCCCACGCAGGGUUUUUGCCAAUGCUCAUACGUACCACAUCAACUCAAUCUCGGUCAACAGUGACAAUGAGACUUACUUGUCUGCUGAUGACCUCCGCAUUAACCUUUGGCACCUAGAGAUCACUGACCGCAGCUUCAAUAUUGUUGACAUCAAACCAGCCAACAUGGAGGAACUAACAGAGGUGAUCACAGCGGCAGAGUUCCAUCCUCAUCAGUGUAACACCUUCGUCUACAGUAGUAGCAAAGGAACCAUCCGCCUGUGUGACAUGAGGAUCUCUGCGCUGUGUGACAAGCACUCCAAACUUUUUGAAGAGCCAGAAGAUCCAAGCAAUCGCUCUUUCUUCUCCGAGAUUAUAUCUUCAAUCUCGGAUGUUAAAUUUAGCCACAACGGACGCUACAUGAUGACCAGGGACUAUUUGUCCGUGAAGAUUUGGGAUUUAAACAUGGAGAAUAGGCCAGUGGAGACAUAUCAGGUUCACGAACACUUGAGGAGCAAACUGUGCUCACUUUAUGAAAACGACUGUAUCUUUGACAAGUUUGAAUGUUGCUGGAACGGCAAUGACAGUGUGGUGAUGACUGGUUCAUACAACAAUUUCUUCCGCAUGUUUGAUCGGGGCCAGAGGCGCGAUGUCACUUUGGAAGCUUCGCGAGAAAACAUCAAACCCAUGCAGGUCCUUAAACCCCGCAAAGUAUGCGUAGGGGGCAAGCGCAAGAAGGACGAGAUCAGCGUAGACAGUUUGGACUUCAACAAAAAGAUCCUUCACACUGCCUGGCAUCCCCAGGAUAACAUAAUUGCGGUAGCGACGACCAACAACCUCUACAUAUUCCAGGAUAAAGUUAAUUAACGUGGGCAAGAUCUGGUGUGUGUGUGUGCGCGUGUGUGGGAAAGCGAUGUCGUGAUGCACCACUGCCGCCUCGCGGCCUCAGCCAGGAUGGAUUGUGGUAACGCUGAGAACCAGACUCUCCUGUUCGUCGCUACUGGGUGUGACCAGCCUUUGUUCCCGAUGGAGAUGGAGGAAGCCUCGCUCUUGCCCAUCAUCAACAUGUCUGUGACGGUGACACCUGCCUUUUCUUUUCAGUGAUGUGCCAUUUUUUUUUUUUUUCCCGCCCACCUGCCUCUUUUGGGGUAAUGUGAGUGCAAUGGUUUAAUAUCCAAACUGUUUCGAGUACAAAUUUAUUUUUAUAAUCUCCCUUGGUUCUGUGAAAGUUUUUAUUAUUAGUAUGUCCCUCAUUGUCCUGUGCCAUUGUAGUGUUUAAUAUUCUAAGAAAAAAAUGCCAGUCUCUCAUUUCCCUUUUUUUAAGUGUGUGCAUACAUUCUUUUAUGACAUCAUCUGUAAUGCAGUUAUACGUAGUAUGAUUUAAGUCUCACUGCAUAUCUCCAUUAAAUGCAUGCAUACUUGUUAGUCACAAAGGUAUGCUCAGAGAUUGUGACAAACCCAUAACUCUGGGCUUCUUCCGUCUCUUACAGUCUCGUAAAUCAGGUUUAGGAUGGCCCGUUUUAUUCCAAAUAUUUUCUGUUCAAAUUUGGUCUGUUGCUUGCAUAAGUCAAUUCAAACAACAAUGGUUAAC